UACUUGAGAAUAAAGAAUAAAGAAAAUUCUUUAUUCUUUACUUUUCUAAGAACGUUCUUAGGUCGAUUCUUUAUCGGUAUUCACCAACGCUAUUUUUAGCGUUCUUUACUAAGAAUUAUUUGUUAUUGAUGUAAGCGACCUUGGUACCCGGCAUUUUCGUUAACGCAUAUAAAACUCGGAACCGUUUACGUGUCUUCUGUCACAACAUACAAGAUGGCGGACAACAACGCUAACGUUGCUACUAGUAGAAAUCGUUGGUCCGAACAGGAGGAAACUGUAAUAGCCCAGGAAAUAAUUAAAAACUAUGAUGUCCUGUUCGGCCCAAUGACCGGUUGUGGCGCACUCAAAAUUGGAGAGGUUCGAAGGAGAGGCUGGGAAGCCGUGGCAAAUGUUCUAAACUGCCAAUUUUCCACCUAUAAGCGCGCAGGUUCAGAGGUGAAGAAAAAAUACUAUAACAUGAAAGACAAAACAAAGACAAAAAAUGAUGAGAUGAGGAGGCCAGGCACUGGAGGAGGGCCCCGGGUGAAAGAGUUCACCAUUCCGGAGGGGAUUCUCCUUCAGCAUUUUGGGGAUUCCGCCUCUGUGGCAGGGGUCCCCAAUGCAAUUGACACUGAUGCUCCAGAGGGUGCUUCAAUCAACAUAAUUGAACUGGGCAAGAUGCCAAUAGAUGGUAGCACUUGCAUGACGUUCAAGAUAGAUGAAAGAGGACUAGGAGCUCAGAAGACGUCAAGUGUAUUCCAACGUGCAGUGGAAGAUGAAGCUGGGCCAUGCUCAUCAGGGACCAAGACCAAUACCAAAUCAAUGAAAAUGGCCAACAAAAACCAGAGUAAAAGAGCUAGGGCAAGUUUCAACAAAUUGGCUGAGGACAACCUAAUAGCAGAAAAGAAGAACAUCCAUCUGCAACAAGUAAAUCUAAGAUUGAAGAAUCAAUUGAUACUGGCACAACUGAAAGUUGCCAGAUUAACGGCACAAAAAAUUGAAGAAGAAAUUAAAAUGUUAAAAGCAAGCAAUGAAUGUUAACCCUUUACCACUUAGUUACGCAUUUUCACACAUUUGUAGUCCCUUAAAAAGUUAUAUUUAAUUUAAGACCUUUAUUACUAGAUUCAAGUUGUUAAGGCUUCAUAUCCAAACCUUAGAUACUGAUGAGCAGCAAACAGCAUAAAACCUGAACAGCCUGCGAGUUUCAGGCUGUUCUGGUUUUAUGCUAUUUGCCCAUAGCCAUUUUCACUUUGCUUCUAAGUGGGAAAGGGUUAAAUCUACAAUCUCAAAUGAUGCCAUCCAAAUUGUUAUUAUUGAUAUUUUUACACAAAGUUUUGAAGUUAUUUUUGAGUAGAUGGAUGUUCUUCUUUUCAUUAUUUAACCCAUUUAUGCCUAGCGUCUAGAAAAAAGGCCUUGGCAAACAGCGUAGACUCAGAUGGGACGCCACAUCAUGUGGCGUCUCAUCUGGGUCUACGCUGUUUUCUUAAUAGAUUUUUUGUAAGAAAUAUUAUAAAUAUAGAAAUAUAUAGGCUCAUAUUCACAAACAGUUCUUAUCCCCCGCCAGGGGCAGAGGGAUAUUGUUUAGGCGUUGUCCGUCCGGCCGGCUGUCCAUCCGGCACUUUUGUGUCCGGAGCCAUAUCUUGGAAGUGCUUUGGCGGAUUUCAUUGAAACUCGGUAUGAGUAUAUAUAUGGAAAAGAGGAUGAUGCUUGCCAUAUGGCAUUGUACACCACCGGUUAAUAAUGGAGUUAUGGCCCUUUGUAUCUUGAAAAAAUGCUUUUUUAUGUGACAAAGCACCAGUUAGGCGGGGGAUAUCAAUUUAACGAAUUUGCUUGUUUGACUUAAGUCUAUGAAUAAAUAAGAUUCUGUUAAUAAGAAUAUUCAAGUAUGGCUUGAAUUUUAAGUCAAACAUGGCAUAUACCACCUCUAUCAACAUCAUACUUCAUGUAAAACAUUGUUAAUGACAUAAUCACCAGUGGUAGAAUGUAUAUCUUUAAAUGCUGGGUGUAAUCUUCUUGGUUCUAAGUCUAUUUGUUAUUCUUAAGUCUAAGAAUUGGUUUGUAAAUACGGACCCAGGUUGAUUAAUGUAAAAUGUUACCAGUAAUUAUAAAGAAGCUUUAUCUGUGUACCUGAAUAGGUCUAUGUCGCUGAUAUUUAUGCCCCCCUUCGAAGAAGAGGGGGUAUAUUGCUUUGCUCAUGUCGGUCAGUCGGUCUGUCGGUCGGUCGGUCCGUCCACCAGGUGGUUGUCAGACAAUAACUCAAGAACGCUUGGGCCUAGGAUCAUGAAACUUCAUAGGUACAUUGAUCAUGACUCGCAGAUGACCCCUAUUGAUUUUGAGGUCACUAGGUCAAAGGUCAAGGUCACGGUGACCAGAAAUAGUAAAAUGGUUUUUGAAUGAUAACUCAAGAACUCAUACGCCUAGGAUCAUGAAACUUCAUGGGUAGAUUGAUCAUGACUUGCAGAUCACCCCUAUCGAUUUUGAAGUCACUAGGUCAAAGGUCAAUGUCACGGUGACCCGAAAUAGUAAAAUGGUUUUCGGAUGAUAACUCAAGAACGCAUACGCCUAGGAUCAUGAAACUUCAUAGGUAGAUUGAACAUGACUUGCAGAUGACCCCUAUUGAUUUUGAGGUCAAAAGGUCAAGGUCACGGUGACCCGAAAUAGUAAAAUGAUUUUCGCAUGAUAACUCAAGAACGCUUUUGCCUAGGAUCAUGACACUUCAUAGGUAAAUUGAUAGUGACUCGCAGAUGACCCCUAUUGAUUUUCAGGUCACUAGGUCAAAGUCACAGUGACAGAAAUCGUAUUCACACAAUGGCUGCCACUACAAUGGACAGCCCAUAUGGGGGGCAUGCAUGUUUUACAAACAGCCCUUGUUAAUAUAAAUUUGUCAUUUUACUUGAGAAGAUGAAUGUUAUUCUUACUUAAAUAGAUGGAUGUUAUUCUUUUCAUUAUUUGUUUAAAUUGUAAAAACCUGUUGACUAAGUGUUGUCUUACAAUGUUACCAACAUGGUAUCCAUAUAUGUCAACAUUUUAUACAGUAAUAUAUGUCACUGCUGUUGCCAAUAUUCAAAUAGCUUACUAUCUAUAAGUGUAUUUGUUUGAAUUAUUGCUGGUAUCAGCCAUUCGUGUACCUUAUUAGACAAUUAUGUUUGUAAACUACCAUUUCUGUUGUUCUCUUGUUUAAUUAAAUAUAACUAUUUGCAGUAACAAUAAAUUGCUGUGGAUAUUUGUUAGUAAAAAUAUCUUGUUUGUACUGUAAUUGCAUUUUCUGUUAGUGAUUAUCUAGUACUACAUAUUUCACAGAUUUUCUGGAUGUUUUAUUCAUAAUAAAUUUCAGAAUAUCACAACUUAA